AGAGGCUGAGGAGAGGCAGGGCUGGGGAGGAUGGAGGCUGAGGAGAGGCUGGGCUAUGUAGGACAGGGAAGGGUGGGUGCAGUUAUGGAGGAGGCAGGGUUCAGGUUGGAGGAGGCAGGACAGGGGAGGAGGCUGAGGUUUGGCAGGGAUCGGAGGCUUCGCACUUGUCACAUCACUUCCUGGGCUGGAGGAGGGAAGUUGUGCGGAGAUUUGGAGGCUCCGGUUCUUGUUGUUGUGUGGAGGACAGAAGAACAUUUAGUUUUUAGGGUGUCGUCUUCUGCUGUGAUGGGACCUGGAGAGGCUGAGGUCUUGGAGGCUGAAGAGCUAAGUGAAGAGGAGCUGCCACGUGACUGGACCCCACAGGAAAAGGCUCAACAUGAAGCCAAAGUGAAGGCCAAGGCCAAGCGUCGUGUGCACCGGACAUCAUCCCGUGAUUCCACCAGGGAGUCCGAGAGCACAGACUGUACAGCGGAGCCCAUCAGUCCUCGAGAGAAAGGCCAUGACAGAAAGUCACGAAUGGGCAAAGGACGGGGACUCCCCAAGAAAGGAGGCGCUGGUGGUAAAGGUGUCUGGGGAGCCCCAGGACAGGUGUACACAUAUCAGGAACCUGAUGCUCGAGACCCAAAUUAUGAUGAAGCGGCUCAGGGGGACACUGUAUACCAGAAGGUGAUCCCAGAGAUGGAUGAGACUGGACUGCAGAAGACAGUGCAGCCCAUCGUGCAGGAAUACUUUGAGCAUGGAGUCACCGAGGAGGUCCUAGCUCUUUUGCGGGAGUUGAAUUUGGGGAGUCAGAAGCCUGGGGUCCCCCGUCUGGCUGUAUCUCUGUCCCUUGAAGGAAAAGCUAGUCACCGCGAACUGACCUCACGUCUCCUGUGUGACCUGUGCAAAGUCUUGUCUGAAGAGGACAUGGCAAAAGCAUUCGACACGUUGCUGACAGACCUCCCUGACCUUAUCCUCGACACUCCUGAAGCUCCGCAGAUGUUGGGCCAGUUUAUUGCUCGCGCGGUUGCAGAUCACGCUUUGCCAUUAGAUUUCCUGGAUCGCUACAAGGGACGAGUUGACUGUGAGCAUGCGCGGGCAGCACUGGACCGUGCCGCGGUGUUGCUAAGAAUCAAAAGAGAAAUUAUCAGACUGGACAACGUGUGGGGUGUCGGUGGCGGACAGAGACCUGUAAAACAUCUUACAAAGGAGAUGAACCUGAUCCUACAGGAGUUCUUGGUUUCAGGACAAGUGGGCGAAGCAGAGCGAUGUCUGCAGGAACUGGAGGUGCCUCAUUUCCACCAUGAGCUUGUCUACGAGGCUGUGGUUAAGGUGUUGGAAGGCUCAGCUGAAGGCCAUGUCCUGAUGGCCGUGAAGUUGCUAAAAGCUUUAUGGGAGAGCGGCCUGGUGACUCUGGACCAGAUGAACCGGGGCUUCCAACGUGUGUACUCGGAGCUGCCUGACCUGACUCUGGAUGUCCCGCUGGCCCAUAAUGUCAUGGAGAAGUUAGUGGAUCUGUGUUAUAAGGAUGGAGUAAUCACCCAACAGCUGAGGGACCAGUGUCCAUCCAGGGGCCGCAAACGCUUUGUAAGCGAGGGCGAUGGUGGGCGUCUGAAAGAGUGACUCCACCCCAAGCUGGCCGAUGCCUCCCAAGGAUCCUGGGGUCGACAUGCUAUGACGAUCAGUUCAUCCAAAAUAAAGUAUGGAAAACUGA